CUGAUGAUGUUCUCGUACGCGUCACUUCUUGAGUCCAUGCUUUGAGAGAAACAUGGCAACUGUACAAGUGAGCGAAGCUGAGAAAGUGUAUAUCAUGCAUGGAGUGAGGGAUGACUUAAGGGUGGACGGCCGUGGAUGUGAGGACUACAGGCAUAUGGAGAUUGAGACAGAUGUGGUGUCCAACACAGAUGGCUCUGCCAAAGUCAGCCUGGGACACACGGACAUCCUUGUAGGAAUAAAGGCUGAGAUAGGGAAGCCGCGGCCUAUGGUUCCAGAUGAGGGUUACUUGGAGUUCUUUGUUGACUGCUCAGCAAAUGCCACGCCUGAGUUUGAAGGGCGUGGGGGUGAGGAGCUGGGUGUGGAGCUGAGUAACACACUGUACAAAGUUUUCAAUAACAGACACAGCCUGGACCUGCGCAGCCUCUGCAUCUGCCCUGGAGAGCACUGCUGGGUCUUGUACGUGGAUGUGCUGCUUCUACAGUGUGAUGGAAACCUGUUUGAUGCGAUGUCCAUCGCCAUAAAAGCUGCUCUCUUUAACACACGGAUUCCCAAAGUGCACAUAUCAGAAGAUGAGGAGGGAGGAAAGGAAAUUGAGCUAUCCGAUGAUCCUUAUGACUGCAUGCGUCUCAAUGUGGAGAAUGUUCCCUGCAUCGUAACCCUGUGCAAGAUUGGCCACAGGCACGUUGUGGACGCCACUCUGCAGGAGAAGGCCUGCUCUGUGGCCAGUCUACUGAUCUCAGUCACCCACAAAGGAAUGGUGACUUGCGUGCGGAAGCUGGGAGGGGGCAGUUUGGACCCGGACAGCAUCUUUGAGAUGACAGAGACGGGGAAGCGAGUAGGAAAAGCUCUUCAUGCGCCUCUCAUGGAGCUGCUGCAGAAAGAUGAGAGUCUUGGCAAGAAAAGACAGAAAGUAGGCUUCCUGGCAUAGUACCAGCUCUCCUCCUUUUGUACCUGUUUUUUCCUUCAUUUUCUUUUUUUACUAUUUUAAACACCAAAUAAACUUUUGCCUUUUCAA